AUUGGACUCUUUCUUAUCCACUACUUCCAAAUACAAUAAUAAUCUUUUUAGACUUUAAUAAUAUGAGACCUACGAUGAUAUUAUUUUAUAUUUGUUUCAUUACAAUUGUCUUGUCCCGAUUGGCCUUGGCUGAACAGUUUACUCUUCAAAUUGAAACUGAUCUUAAAAUAAUUCAAAGCACUAGUUUUAAAAAUGGAUCUAUCUUAUUAAGUUUAACCAAACUUGAAACUGAAAAUUGUAAGGUGCAAAAUUUAUCUUUUAUUAUAAUUCCUACUAAUGAUCGGUCACCAAUAAAUACUGUAACCCAUUAUAUUCCUGCGGAAAAUUUUUGUUUUAAUUCAACUAUUGGAAUGAAUACUAUUCCUCCGAUGGAAAGUUCAUGUAAUGUCAAUCCUUAUGGAUUUGGAUGUAAUGUUAAUUGUGACAAAAAUCCAAAACACUUGGAAUGUGAAGUAAUUCCAAUAUGCGACGGAACUGACGGAGCGGGUAAAAAACCUGUUGUUCCUGGGUGUAAUGGUGCGGCAUUGGACUGCGCGAAAUAUCCAACAGCUCCCAAUUGUUUACCGAAUUGUACUGAAACAUCUGGAACACCUGGAUGUCCGUUGGAUUGUGUGAAAUAUCCAGGCGCUUUAGCAUGUGUACCAAAUUGUUCUAAUAAACCGUAUUUACCUGGAUGUAAUGAUUGUAUUUAUAAUCCAAAUGCUUCAGGGUGUAAUGUAUGCGGCGAACCAAAUUCACAAAAGAUAUGGAGAUGUCAAUUUGGAUAUUGCGAUAGUAAUCCUAAUGCACCAGAAUGCAGAUUAAUUAAGGAUAAAAUAAAUUUUCAUACCAAUUCGAAUAAUAUUAUUAUUACAUCAUAUUAUUGUAACCUUUUAUUAAAUGGUGACACUUGUUUUAGUUUAAUCGGAGUGGAAACAAAUAAAAAGAUGAAAUUUCUCAACAAUUUGAGUAAACGUACAUUCGAGGAAUCAUGCGAAAAUGAACUUAUAAAUUUGAUAGUAGUUUAGAAAAAAUAGGAGAAGGACAAAUAUACCCCCCGGUUUCUAUAUACACAUUUAACUCGUAUCUUACAAACGUAUUCGCAAUAGAAGAUGG